UUGGAUCGCAACCACGACCCGACGUUACUGGGAAUGGCAAUCCUUCUCAAGUGCUGUGGAGGCUCUGGUUCUUAUGCUACGAAACAACCUCGCACACCAAUAGAAGAUCUAUGCCAUCGCUUCUCUCUUACCCAACUGGGAAAAUCGACCGACAACUUUGACAAAACCCGGAAGAUCGGUGAAGGGCCCUGCGGUGAGGAGUACACUAGACUUUCAUCUCUAUCCGAAGAGGAACAACCUUCCACAACCGUAGAAGAGCUUUGCCACCGCUUCUCUCUUUCGCAACUUGAAGAAGCGACCAACAACUUUCACCCCACCCGAAUGAUCGGUGAAGGAGCUUUUGGUCCCGUAUACAGAGGUGGCCGCAUCUCUAUCGAUGGCCAAUCAAUAGAAAUUGCAGUGAAGCGUAUACCUCCAGGUAAUUCCUUCCAGGGCCGUUCUGAGUUCGAGAACGAGAUCGUGAUGAUGUGCCAGCUACACCACCCCAAUCUAGUGUCUCUUGUUGGAUUUUGUGACGACAAAAAUGAAAUGAUCGUGGUCUACAAGUACGUCCCAAACAAUUCCCUCUACUAUCAACUUUAUGAGCAGCAUGGCAAGUCGUCACCGGUUGAGCCGUGGAAGAAAAGGCUAGAAAUCAGCAUCGGAGUAGCGCGUGCGUUACAACUACCUUCACUCAGGAACCAAACGCACCAUCAUUCAUCGCAGUGCAGAACCGGCCGAGAAUGGGAAUAUGAUGAGGGAAUUAUUGAUCCGAGAUUGGAGGGACAAAUAGCGCCACAGUGUUGGAGACUGUACAUGGACAUUAUAGAGAGUUGCUUGAGCGUAGAUCCCCACGAGAGGCCAGACAUGGGCGAUGUUGAAGUGCAACUUGAACGCCUAUUACAGCUGCAAGAAGAAGCAGAUCAUGCCAAUCAUGGGUUUUAUUCUUUCCUCAUUUAA